CCUUCUUCCCCUGCAGAUUUCAGCUAUCAGUUGGUGUCUGUGUGUGUGUGUGUGUGUGUGUGUGUGACUUGUGCAAUCAGCAGCUGGCUGGCUUCUCCUGGCAGCAAGUGAGGGGCUGCCCGGCCUUAUCUCUGGACUGUUAUAAAUAGCCUGGCGCAUGCCAAGCGGGCAGCACAGGAUGGGGUCUCUCGAGCAGUGAUCUGGGAAGGCAAAGGGAGGCCCAGAAACCCCCAGGCUGGUUGGGGCGUGGAUAGAACCAUUGGAGGAAGGAGCCAAAGUUCAAAAAAAAAAAGAACCGAGCGGGACGGACAUUUGACUGCCUGUUUCCCAAGUUGGAAGAACAGACGCCAGGAUGACACAGAAGGCAGGAAAGAGCCUGAAGGAAAAAGUGGCCCUCAGGAACCGUCUGCUGAAGGAAGCGCUGGCAGAACUCCUGGGGACCUUCAUCCUGAUUGCGCUGGGCUGCAGCUGCGUGGCACAAACCGUCCUGAGCAGGGGGGUCCUGGGAGGAGCACUGACGAUCUCCGUUGGCUUCGCCAUGGCCGUCACCCUGGCCAUCUACGUGGCCGGAGGCGUCUCUGGUGGUCACAUCAAUCCAGCCGUCUCCUUCGCCAUGUGCCUGACUGGGAAGAUGAAGUGGGUCAAAUUCCCCAUUUAUGUCCUGGCACAGUUUCUGGGUGCCUUUCUUGGAGCUGCUGUGGUCUUUGGCAUCAACUAUGACGCUCUCAUCUUCUACACGGAUGGCAACUUCACUGUCGGAGGGGCCAACCCCACAGCACACAUUUUUGCGACUUAUCCUCAGGAAUAUUUGUCCCUGACCAACGGCUUCGCAGAUCAGAUGCUGUCCACGGCCUUUCUUAUCCUGGGGGUCUUUGCCAUCUUUGACACGGACAACUUGGGGGUCCCGAAGGGGCUGGAGCCCAUUGCCGUCGGCCUCCUCAUCAUACUGCUGACCUGUUCCAUGGGCCUGAACAGCGGCUGCGCCAUGAACCCCGCCCGAGAUCUGAGCCCCCGCCUCUUCACCUACCUGCUGGGCUGGGGGCCUGAAGUCUUCACAGCCGGCAAUAGCUGGUGGUGGGUUCCCAUCGCCGGCCCCAUGGUGGGGGCAGCCCUGGGAGCUGCCACCUACAUGCUCUUCAUCGGGGUCCACCACUUCCCUCCCUCCCCCUGCCAGAAGACGGACGCCCUCCACGAACACGAACUGACCCACCUGGAGGAGGGGAAGUAGGGCCCAACGAAGCUCCCAGUCCGUCCCCCCCAGGACCACAAGAAACGCCCUCCCAGAAGACAGGUGGCAGGAGGCCACCCUCAGGAAAGCUACUUUCCAAUCAGAAAACGAUUCAUUGACAUCCUGCAGACCUCUGCUCCACCUUCCCCCCCUCAAGUCUUGAACCUCCCCCCCCCUGCAAAC